GGCUGCGCGUCAUAAUGGUUACCAUGGCGCUUCCGUUUAAAAUCAUAACAGUCGUAACAGUUCGUUGCGAUGCAUUCGCUCGGAUUGUUUUAAAGAAAGUGUCCUUGCUCGGUAGCUGUUCAUUUUUUUUUAUUGCAUUUAUUCCUUUGCUCUCGAUGCGGUGUGCUAGCCGUAGUACCUACGGUUGACGACGUUUGUUAACAUGACUGGAGCAGCGAGCCAGCGCUGUACACGGCGAAAUUGGUCCUAGACUACAUAACGCUAGUUAGCUAACCUAGCCUAGCUCUCACGGCUUGUAUUUAAGAAGGGAUGAGCUAGUAGCUAGGUUAACUAACUGGCAUGCUGGACGUUUACGCUCUAUAUUGAUCAGUGACGUCUGUGCACUUUUAAGCAAAAAACGCCCAUUCUCGACUGUUUAUCUCCGCAAUAUCCGAUUGUAAAGAAUGAUCAGGAGUCUAUCAAAAGAAGUUCAAGCAAAGUUACGUUCUGGAAUUGCCAUUUUCUCCUUGCAGCAGUGUGUGGAGGAGGUUGUCCUGAACAGCAUUGACGCAGGGGCAACAUGUGUUGCUGUGAAGAUAGACAUAGAAGCCUGCACAGUUCAGGUGAUGGACAAUGGCUCAGGGAUGGACCAGGAGAACAUGGAGAGGGUUGGGAUCAGAUACUGCACAAGCAAAUGCAGCUCAGUCGAGGAUUUGGAUAAUCUUCACUUUUAUGGGUUUAGAGGGGAAGCGAUUGCCAGUAUUGCCUCCCUUGCAGCUUUAGUAGAAAUAACUUCCCGGACUAAGAUAUCUGUGAAAACAUUUGUUAAAACAUUUAAUGAAGGUAAGGUGUCUGACGUGUUUGAGGCACAGACCACUCGGCCCUCGGCUGGGACUACUGUUCUAGUUAGCAACUUCUUUUAUAACAUGCCAGUCAGGAGAAAGAGGAUGGAUGCUAUGCUGGAGACUGAGCGCAUUCGUCAAAGAGUGGAGGCCAUUUCCUUAAUGCAUCCAUCUGUCUCAUUCACUGUGAAAAAAGACUGUUCUGGUGCCAUGCUGGUGCAGCUUUCCAAGGCCAGGAAUACUUACUAUAGGUUUGUUCAGAUCCAUGGUUUGGGAAGAGCUCAGAAACUUGGAGAAGUGAACUACAGCUAUGGGCAUUUUCAAAUGACCGGGCACAUUGGCCGCGAGGGUCACUACAGCAACAGCUUACAGUUCUUAUUCGUAAACAGCAGACUACUUUUUAAAACACGCAUUCACAAACUACUGAACUGUCUUCUCAGGAAAUUGGGUACUUCAAGUGCACAAAACAGUCCUAAUGCCUUUCCUGUUACUUCAAGCCCUAAACAAAGGAGUGGAGCUGAUUUACAUGGAGUUUAUGUCAUCAACAUCAAAUGCCACUACUCAGAGUAUGACAUAUGCUUGGAGCCUGCCAAGAGUCUUAUAGAAUUUAAAGAUUGGGAUAGUGUCCUCUUCUGCAUUGAGGAAGGCAUUAAAGCAUUCCUCACAAAAGAGAACUUGGUAUCAGAAUUUUCUAUAAGUGAUAUCCAAAAGUUUGGGAGUAUUUUUAGUGAUCUGGCAGGCAGUCCAGGCAGGAAUUCAAAGACUGUGUCAGCAGUAGCAUGUCAUAAAAACACCGAAGGUGACUUCAAAGACACAGGACCUUGUAGCACAACAUGGGAAACAACAAUUGACAAAACAAACAUCCAGGAUGGGGAGAUUCAAAGUGCAGAACACAUUCUUCAACUGGUGCCCUCAAAUGCAGAGUGCAGGGCAAGUACAGAUUCAGACACAGAAAGAGAAAUUCAGUCUGAUGGUGUUGACAGAUGUUUGCAGGACAAUUCAGUUUUGCAGACUAAAGAUGGCAAAGAGGAAGAAAUGCUUGACAAUUGUCUAAAGACAAAGUGCCCUAUUGUGAAAGAUAAUGGUUUGCCACUCAGUCUUAAUGAUAAUAAAAUGACACAUUGUGAAAAUACUAAAGUUGCUAUCAUUGGUCACAAGCAGACACAGGAUAGUUUAAGGAGAUUCUCAGAACCCCACCUUGGGUGUGCACCAAAGAGAAAGUUGUCACUCUGUGCUCAGAGUCACAAGGUUGACUACAACAAUGAAGUUGUUGGGACAAAGGUUGCAAGGGUUCCACCACGCCGCAAAUUAACACUGUCAUUUGAAACUGGAUCUCUCGACAAAUUUAAGAGGAUGUUUGGGAAGGGUGCUGAAACAAAACACCAAUCUAUGAGCACACAAAUCACUGACUGUUUCUGUCCGACGGUUUCUAGGAUGCCUCUCGACUGUUCUGCAGUUACUGCUCUGCAUACAGAAAGCAGUUUACUCAGCACUGAGGAGAGGCAAGUAGAGGACACUGAAGUGGGCAGCUCUUUGUUAAAGGAUAGUUCACACACACUUUCUGCUUACACCAAAAUAAAAUGUUCCACAUCAGCUAGGACAGUAUCAUUAGCCUCCAAGCUUUCUCACUUAAAAGCUGACAACGUAGAAUGCAAGAAACCUUAUGAAGGUGAACUUAAAGACACAGCAAAUGAAGGUAACGUCAUCAUUGAGACACUGCCAAACUCUGUGACACAAUGUCCAGAUUAUACACAGAGGUUUACAGGUAUAUCUAUUGACUGCAUGUCAGAGAGCAAUGAGGCUUUUUCAGAACAAGGGGAGAGCUCAGGAACAACUGAUCUGCUCGAGAGUGACCGUUCAGAUGAACCCGUGUUCACUGCUCCCUGUGGACAGCGCACAUCAAAGCCUACCUCUGUGACCAGUGAUGCUCUGCUUGCUUCCAAAAAUAUUAUUUCCCCAGGGUCAGAUGUUCUGCUAGGUCAAAUAGUUAACCCCCUGUCACUGCAUGACCAUUUGCUCUCCGAAACAGGAUAUAAGGAGCAGACGCCAAGUGAAAGUCAGGGCCAUAAGAGUGAUGAGACAGUGCAGUUAUCAGAUGAUUGGCUGACACAUUAUGAUGAUUCACUGGGAAAGAUGGUCUACAUCAACCAAGUGACAGGACUCAGUAAAUAUGACGCCCCUUUAUUGGAGACGCAAGUACCCUGCUCCACAGAUGUCACCAAUAUGGCGGUCAGUGUUGUUUCUAAAACAGGGUUUGAGUACAGGUGUUACCCUUUUCAUACAGAUAUUGUACUGCCCUUUCUUCCAAAGCCUAGAGCAGAGAGAGCCCUUAGUUCAGACAUAGACUACAGAGAUGAAGACCGGGGUCCUAGUUCAUUGUCAACUCUUUUCUCUGAAUGGAACAAUCCAGUGUUUGUGCGACCCCCUCAGGUUGCUAUAGAUGUGACCAGCAGUCAUGCAGAAGGCCUUGCUGUGAAAAUCCAUAACAUUCUUUUCCCCUACCGAUUCACUAAGGACAUGAUCCAUUCCAUGAAGGUUAUUCAUCAAGUCGACAAGAAAUUUCUUGCCUGUCUCAUAAAUACAACAGAUCAUAGUGAAGGAAACCUGUUGGUGCUGGUUGAUCAACAUGCAGCUCACGAAAGGGUCCGCCUAGAGGGGCUUGUAACAAAGUCCUAUGAAGAUGACCCAGACACAGCAGGUAAGAAGAGGCUGUGCUCCUCGAGUGUGAGUCCUCCCCUGGAGAUCAGUUUGACAGAGGAAGAGAUGAGACUCUUGAGGUUGUAUCAGCCCUUCCUAAGAGGCCUUGCAAUAGAAAUAAGCUUCCCUCAGACAGAGGAGAUGCAUGUGCUCCUAGAGCGACUCCCCACAUGUUUCAUCGAGAAAGAGAGCACGGAGCAGCGACGAGGCAGGCACACUGUAAUCAAGUCUGUUGCAAAGGAAUACUUGUGGGAGCACAUUGGGUUCCUGCACUCAACAGGAAGAGUGAGAGGCUCUCUGCCUUUAACAGUCCAUAAUGUCCUUGCUUCACAAGCGUGCCAUGGAGCCAUUAAGUUCAACCAUGUGUUGAGUAAAGAGGAGUGCUGCAGCCUGGUAGCAUCACUCUCAUCCUGUCAGCUGCCCUUCCAGUGUGCACAUGGAAGGCCCUCCAUUGUCCCGCUAGUUGAUCUUCUCCACUUGGAUGAUGAACAGGACCUUCCCAAGCCAAAUCUCAGGAAAUUGAGACGAAUGUACAAGGCAUGGCAACUUUAUGGAAGAACCUAAUUUGUGCAAAAAGUAAAAUUUCAUAAACUACACUAAUUUAACAUAUUAAUAUAUUAAAUUUUCUAUUUUUAUGUAAAUGCCCGUUUGUGUAUUCAUUUUAAUGACGU